GCUCAAAUGUUGCAGGUGUGUAGUUAUACGGUUUUCGUACACACAUUUUUUAGCUCCAUUCUGUUCUCCCUUCAAUUCGAGUGUUCCAAUGAACAAAUUUGUUAAAAAUGAACACUUAUGAACCUUAUGGAGAGUACGGUCGUCUGCUGAACUGCACGGAUUAUUCCUGUUAUCCAGUACAAUUUUUUAUGACGACUCGUGUUUGAAGUAAAGUGGCUUUUAUUACGGACACACGGCUGUUGUUGGUGACAGGCUCACCAGCAAUUGUUUCAUGUUGGUAGUGCGUAAUCGUUCGUACCGUUCGUACUGACCGUAGUGAUAAUAAAGAAGUAAAUAACAUGUGAUUGUUAUUGUGACAAUGCUACUCGUGAAAAAGAUAAACGUCAUAACCUGACAAAAAUGGUCGAUGAUGAUAAAUUAUUAUUAUUCGAUGUUUCGAAUUCAGACGACACUGAUAUUGUAUUUAUUGAACAAUUUGUGCAAAGUGUCAUCGGUUUUAGUUCCCAGUACGGUAGUGAUGUUAGCAUAUCGUAUACUGCGUACAACAUUAUUGGGAAACCUAGUAAAUUUCCAGACUAUGGGGACUUUCCGCAGGCAUUUGUUAUGAGAACUUAUGGCAAGUGGUGGAAUGAAGCACCAUCGAGGACACUUCCUUUUAUGCCACAGUCACUAGGAAAAAUUAUUAGCCAAGAUUUUAUAGACUUGCUGUUUGAGGAAGCUGUGUACCCGUUCAGAGUGAGUGUGUAUGAAACGUACAACCCUGGCUCAGUGGUUCGGAUUUGGGCUGCAGAUCAUGAGAACCACUGGAGAUUAUUGUGGGAGGGGGAGCCCCAGAAAGUUGACCACACUCCCAUGAUCUUUUCACCUGUGAUUGAGACCAUAAAUUCUCCAACAAGGUUGCUUCGCUUGGAGUUUGACCAUUCACACCUCGAAUACUAUACAGAGCUAGAUGCGGUGUUACUGGUGGGAACCAAAGAGCCCAUUGUCAAUGCAGAGACUCAUCAGGUUCCCAGUCAUGAUCUCAUUGUGCCACCUGUUGGGAAACUGACAUCACAGAUACUACAGCAUAACAUUCAUAACAUUCCGCCCCAGAUCGAUAUUCCUAAUUCCAUAGUGAACUUUCUUGAAGAGGAGCUACCCCAGUUACUGAAGGGAACGGGAGAAGUGGGCCAAGUCCUCUCGACUUUCAACAAAGUAACUCUGUCCACAGGAGCUGAGAGUUUUGACAUUUUGCCUGAUGAAACUGUGUUGAAGAUUUUUGGGUACCUGAGCUUGCUUUCAUUAUGCAGAUGUGCACAAGUAAGCAGACGCUUCCAUGAUCUUGCUACAGACUCUCAGCUCUACACAGAGCUCAAUUUGAAGGUGUACUGGUAUUGUGUGACAGCAACAGCAUUAAGGUCAGUGUCAAAACAGUGCCUAUACCUUCAGAAGUUGGACUUGUCCUGGUGUGGUGACUUUAACCAUAUCAUAUCAGAGGAUUUCAUAGAUUUUAUUGAGGAGUGUGGAGGUCACCUUACCCAUUUGAGACUGAAUUGCUGUAAAUUUGCAGACAAUUAUUGUGCCAUGAAGGUAGCUGAAAAGUGUAAAAAUUUGAAAGAACUUUGUCUUCGAAGCUGUCAUAACAUCACAGAACUUGGCUUCCAAAGUCUAGCUUCAUUGAAAAACCUGCAGUAUUUGGAUCUGUAUCGAACUUUCAUUGAUUUGGGGCCACUCAAAGCAAUACUGAAAUCUUCACCUCAGCUGAAACAUAUUAAUAUGGGUUCAUGUGGACACAUAUCAAACAUGGAUGACGUUGCUCAAACCCUGGCAGCAUAUAACAAGGAACUGGUGUCUGUGGACUUCUGGAAAACAUACAGCUUGACACCAGUAGGUGUUAAAGCCCUGCACAAGUGUCAGAAACUGGAGGAAGUGGACCUGGGCUGGUGCGGAGGUGUUGGUGCUCCUGGGGACAGUUUCCGCUCUCUGGCCACUGGAUGCCCUUGUCUUCGCAAGUUAUUUCUCGCAGCAUUGAGAAGCAUCACUGAUCGAGAUCUUGAACCAUUCAUUGAACAUUGCCCUGCCCUCGAGCAGGUUGACCUCAUGGGUGGACACAGCAUCACAUCGGACAUCUGUGUCAAGUUUCUAACAAGGUGUAACAAACUGCGGCUGUUAGACGUCAGUUUCUGUGACCAAGUUCAGGACAGUGAAGUGGCCUACUGGCGGAUGGUGUUCCCUCACGUUAGUGUCAAGCGAAGCUUCCAGCAUGAUAUACUUUCUUAACGUUCGUCUCUCCAGAAGUGUUAAAUUUUUAGUAUGUUCAUCUAGAAGAAGUAAACUCAGUAAUGGAAGGUAAUACUUAGGAUGUAAGUGUUGAUGUUAAUUUCACUUUCAGGUUUUUGUGCAGUGUGGAUAUGGAUAGUGUUGCUGACAUUGCAGAGGUACAUGCGUAUCUGCUUUCAGGGUCAGAAUGAGUAGUGUGGGUGAGUGUUCAUGAAUAUAUAAGUUUUUGAUGUAACAGACCCAUUGGAGGAUGGUAGGCUGCAUGCCCUUGAAAAGGGAUGUUUGAUAAUCUUUCCCUCUCCACUGUCCCUGUUAGCCUGGUCUGGGCUUCAGUGCCCACCAUUUCUCCCCAUCGUAUCUGCUGAAUCAGACACCAGUACAUACGUAAUGUGUAUCUUGUUUUGGAGCAGUUGCUUUUGUUUGUCAUGGUUGUGACACCAGUUUGUUUCAGUUCACUACGCUUACUCUUCAUACCAUUGCACAAUUCGCUUCUUGCAUUCACUAAUCUGUAUGGAGCUCACUACUUGUGUUUCACGGCACACACUCUUUCACGAUAUGAGCUGCUGCUUCUGGAAGACCGACUGACCCUCCUCAGCCAGUGUUCUAUACUAAUUAUAUGCUAUAAAAAUCCAGUGCACACAUGAACUACGUGUGAAGGGAGCACCACAUGCUUGACAUUACUGGAAGCAACUGGGAGGAGAAGGAAGCUGGAAACUUUGAUGAGAUGUGUGACAUGCUGAGAUGUGACCUGCCUCCCCUCCCCCUCACUUCACCUGCCCUUAUUCCCUUUGAUCCUUCAGAUGUAGGCAGUGUCUACCUCUGAAGUGUUGGCAACACUGCCUACAUUCACACAAUACAAAGAUCCAAGAGGAGAAUCAACAUGAAUGAUGAACCACCAUGUAGCAUGAAAUCGGUAACUUGUAAGUGCUGUUGCAGCUAAAUCUGACACAGUAUAGGACCAGUGGUGGGUUGUUGUGAACAGCAGUGAAUUUUUGGGUCCCGUAAAUGGCAGCGAAUUUCUUGAUUAGCGUAAUGACUAUUUUUUCCUCAAAUUAAACUAUCCUCAGCAGAUUCAGUUGAUUGAAGAAUUGAGAUAACUGGUUUAAAAUACAAUUAUAAGUUUUGUGAUUUAAAAUAGGAUGUAUGUUAUAAGUUGUGAAUUUACACAGGCAUAAAUAAGCAGAAUCUGGUAUUCUGCUCUGUGAUAUCAUUUAGUGUUGUAGGUUAAUACCAGCAUUUCAGAGGAAUAUUCUGCAUCUAUCUUCAGGGGUUCAAAGUGAGUGGGGUGAGGAUGUGACCACCUUCAUUUCUGCAGCAGGGAUUUCCUCUUUCACAAGAAAUUUGAUGACAGCGCGCUGGCAAAACCACAUAUCAUUGUUGGCCAUUCUGUUAGGAGUGUUACUGGUCACGUGAUGUCACAAGGCACUCAAGGUUAACACAACAGCUGGUUCCACCUACCACUGUACUCUCGUUCGUCUGCUGUUCCCAG